UUUUUUUUUUUGCUGGGGUAGUUGGUGGCUCUGAAAAAGCUGCUCAAGUCUUCUCUGAGGACUACAGACCCCUUCACCCUCUCCACCUUCAGCCUCUCUGGGCUCCAGGGCCAAAAGAGGUCUACACUGAGGUGGUAGACAGGUCUGUGAAGGCCUCCUGGUGACAUACUCACAUGUUGCUGGGACUAAAGACGGGAUUUUAGCCACCACAGUGGGCCAGUGGGGAGAGGUUUACCAAUAGGAGGUACUUUGUCCACCACGUCCCACUUAAGGAUUCAGUCCAACCUGGCCUGUGCUUCUGCUGUCCCAAGAGACUAGAAAGCUCCCAUCCACCCUGAGGUUGAUCUUUUAGGUCAGAGUAGGCGGUCAUUUGGCAAUCAGCUGCUCUACUGCCUCACUGGAUAUCCUCACUGGACAUCCUGCCCCAAUUCUAUCCUGUUCAGCGCAGACUGAUUUUCCUGGAACACCAUGUUCAUUAGGGAGCCAGAUGGCAUAUCAGAAAGAGCACUUACUAGGACCAAGAGACUCAGGUGGGAGCCCCAGCACUGCCCCUGAUAGCUGUAUGGCUUUGGGCAAAGUGCAACCCUCUUGGCGCUCAGUUUUUAUUCCAGUGAAAUAAAGGAUUCAGCCUCCCAGGGCUUGAAAGUCUUUCCAGCUCUUUCAUUCUACAGUCUGUCUCUCUUCUGCUCAAGGAUCUUCAGUGGCUUCCCUCCUGCAAAUAAAGCCCAAACUUCUUGGUCUAGCAGCUCCCAAGGCACCUUCUAACAUUUUUGUUAAGACCUCAUCACCACCCUCCUCCAAGCCACCCAGCUUUCUCCUUGCUGCCCUGACAUACUCUACCCACGCCUUCACUUCCCCUCCAUUUGCUGAGAAGCCCUCCCUUCAAAGCACUUCCCCAAAUUCACCACAGGCCUCUUUCCUGGAGCCUCUGCUAACAUCACUAUCACAAGCCCCAGCCUCAGGUUAGCUCCUCUCCUGAACUGCUAGAACUUCUCUGCAGACAACUCACUGGCCCUUAGGGGUUCCUGCCUGGGCACUCAGCUGGAUAAAGCACUCCAGAAAGGAAGGAAUUCCUGGGGCCAAGGGAAAUGAGGCAGUGGCCUUGACCUAUACUGGCAAGUCCUGUGGGCCUGGUAUGAAACCAUUGUCAACUGCAGGCUGUUUUAUAGGUUAGAAGCCACUUUCUACCAUUGCCUCAGUUCACCCUCAAAGACUCUGGGUAAGGGGAAUCAUCCGUGGUCUGCCUAAGGCCAGUCAAUGAGGGAGGAGGUGUGCCCAUGGUAAGCGCAGAUCUUCCACCUCCAGGUCCAACGUGUUUCCGUCUCAGAACAGGCUAAACUAGAGACUGAAACUGCUGGGGGAAGGCAAGGCAAGCUGCCAUGUGUAAAAACACCAAGCCAAGCAGUCAUCUCAGAGCACCUGGCAGAAAUGACUGAAGCAUAGCCACUGGAUGAGGUUAUCCCCACACCAGCUUGCUCCAGAGGAUGGUCAGGAGCAUUCUGCUCACCCGGGAGGUGGGACUUUCCUCCUCAGGAAGGUGCAAGAUCACCAGCCUGGCUCCCCACAGGCUCCCGGGGCUCACAGAGGCCAGAGCAGCAUCAGCACAGAGGAAACAACAGGGAGCCAGACUGGGGAGGUUUCGGAGCUCUCCUAGUGACGACAGCCUCAUUUUACCCAGGGAGAAAGGGCGAGUAUGCUAAGGUCACACAGCAACAAAGCUGCACCCAGACCCCAGAGUCCCUCUCCUCCCUCCCUCCCCUCCAUCAGGGCCAUACCCACUUGGGGCACCCCGCCACCCUGUGUUCCAGGGACAGCUGGAGCACAUGCUUCACCUCUCACCAACCCAGCAAUCCCGCAGGGCAUCUGACCUCCACUGUUGACUUCUACCCAGAGGACACGAACAUUUUUAGUUCCCAAGGAAUGUACAUCAGCCCCACAGAAGCUAGGCCACCUCUGAGAUGGGGUUGCUGGUUUAAAACAAACACCAGCCUUCCUAUAUAAGGACCCAACAGCCACCAGGCACCACCUCCACCAGGAAUCGCAGGUAGGUUCUCUCUCUACUCUGUGUGUGCGUGUUUGCGGAUGAGUUUAUCAUCCGUGACUGCUGCCCGUUCAUUUAACUUCUCUGAGCCUCACGAGCUCCGUCUAAAGACAGGAGAUGUUGGACAAUCUGAGUCUGGCUGGCUGCUCAGAGACAAAGCUUGGCUUAGGAGCUGCCUCUAACCCCCACCCACGUCCCCUGGGGCCCUUUCUGGUUCAACUUCCUCACUCAUACAGACUUGCAAGCUCCUCAUAGCCUGGGAUGAAAGGCACUGGGGAGGAGGGCCUUUCAGCCCCUAUCAAGUCCUGCUGCCAGACGUUCUGCUCUGAACAGCCUUAGAGAAGAGAACACACAUCCUUCCAUUCUCUUCUACCUUGGGAGGUGGAGAAGGGUCCUCUCUACACAGCAGUCAGGACCCCAGAUGGUAAAGCUCCUCACCCCAUCUGCCGGGCUCCUACCUGAGCAAGCUCAGAGGCACAUGAAAAGGGGAGGUAGCUGGCUGAAGACCCUCUCUCCCCCAGGCCCACCUGUCUGCAACCCAGCCGAGGCCAUGCCCUCCCCAAAGACCAUCUGCAGCCUCCUGCUCCUGUGCGUGCUCUGGCUGGACUUGGCCAUGGGAGGCUCCAGCUUCCUGAGCCCUGAACACCAGAGAAUCCAGUUCAACGCACCCUUUGAUGUUGGAAUCAAGCUGUCAGGGGUUCAGUACCAGCAGCACAGCCAGGCCUUGGGGAAGUUUCUUCAGGACAUCCUCUGGGAAGAGGCCAAAGAGGCCCCAGCUGACAAGUGAUCGCCCACAAGCCUCACUUACCUCUCUCUUCCUCCCAAACUUAGAAGCGCUCAUCUGGCUUUUUCGCUCGCUUCGGCAGCAACUCCCACAACUGUUGUAUGAGCUCAGGAGGUGAAUAAAUGUUCAAACUGCAUGCUGAUGUUCCAAAUGGGAAUUUAUUUCAAAGAUGAAAAGUUAACAUUUUACUUAAAAAAAAGUCAAAGUUUAAAUUUAAAACAUUCUUAGUCAAUGGUUGGUGGGAAGGGAAUAAAAGGACA